UUUAAAUAAAUGAAAGACAAAAGCCACGUACCAACAUCGAGUUUGUUGCCCGAUACACGAUAAUCCAUCGACCGAUCGUGGAUCUAUUUGUCUGGACAAUGUUAUUCGAUAUUCUUCAUGGAAACCUAAGAUGGAAGCGUGGAGGGAAAGCAAAAGGGCAACGUGUCCACAGGAUCUUUGGUUGGAACUAAUAUAUCAGUACCAACCUUUUCUUGACAUCGGUGGACGGUUGGUGAACGGAGCCGAGUCGAGUUUCAUUUACACAAGCUCCCGGGCGCAGGUGAACAAAUCGAGGAAUAAGAAAAAUAUUAUGCGACCACCUACCUUACUGCUUGUUGCAGCAUUAUUUUAUUUUUCAACGCUGCGUUGCGUUACCAAGCGAUGCAAAAAUGACGAUUUUAAAUUUCCAAAUAUAUUUUGGACAGAGAAAAAUUAGAGAGAAUUGUCAAAGAAUUUUAUGGUAAUUAACAAGGCAGUACGCUGCUUUAUCUACGAUUCUAUUACGCUUGCGCUUGACCGAUCUCCGUCGAUAGCGCUCGGCUUUUUCCGGCAGCUUUCGUCGAGUCAUCGGUUCCAAAUUCAAAGUAGUGUCUAUCGUACCGUGAAGCUAUCGAGUUCAAGUAAACAAAGCGAUUUUCAACAAAACAGUCAUUUGUUGAUAUUUUCUAAUCUUCCUAUAACAGUAAAUUUGAAAGGUAACAAUGUAUUGUAUCAAGAAUGCUUUCAUUAGCCUCAUUUCCAAAGGAAAUAUUCGAGAAUUGUAUCGAUAAGCGCAAACAAAGGUUAUAAAAGAUUCAGAGAAAAGAAAACAAAAGAAGAGCUGCCAUUUUGAAGGAACCUAUUUUCACGGGCUGAGAUAAAAGUCUACGAGAA